AUGAAUCAUCUGGUUCCGCGGCUUUAUUCAACUUCAACAGUCCGAGCUCACGUUCGACUUCUGAGCGAGAGGGUGCAUCCAAAGGCACAGCCCAGGGAGCAGAGCGAUCAGUGGCCGGUGAGAAAUCUAACAAUUCCAGCAGAGCAAAUCGUCUCUCAAAGUGCUCAGCCCAAGGCUCCAAGCGUUUUGACAAGUUGU